AUGUGCUCCCAGCUCUGGUUCCUGACGGACCGGCGCAUCCGCGAGGACUACCCGCAGGUGCAGAUCCUGCGCGCUCUCCGUCAGCGCUGCUCCGAACAGGACGUGCGCUUCCGGGCGGUGCUCAUGGACCAGAUCGCCGUCACCAUCGUCGGCGGCCACCUCGGUCUUCAGCUGAACCAGAAGGCACUUACCACUUUCCCAGACGUGGUGCUCGUGCGGGUGCCCACACCCUCAGUGCAGUCAGACAGCGACAUCACCGUCCUGCGCCACCUGGAGAAGCUGGGCUGCCGCCUGGUCAACCGCCCACAGAGCAUUUUAAACUGUGUCAACAAGUUCUGGACUUUCCAAGAGCUGGCUGGACAUGGGGUUCCUAUGCCAGACACCUUCUCCUAUGGUGGGCAUGAUGACUUUUCCAAAAUGAUCGAUGAGGCUGAGCCCCUGGGCUACCCGGUCGUGGUGAAGAGCACACGAGGACACCGGGGAAAAGCUGUUUUUCUUGCAAGAGAUAAACAUCACCUCUCAGACAUCUGCCAUCUGAUCCGCCAUGAUGUGCCCUACCUGUUCCAGAAGUAUGUGAAGGAGUCACAUGGCAAAGACAUCCGGGUGGUGGUGGUCGGGGGCCGGGUGAUAGGCUCUAUGCUCCGCUGCUCCACAGACGGACGGAUGCAAAGCAACUGCUCUCUCGGCGGUGUGGGUGUCAUGUGCCCGCUGACAGAACAAGGCAAGCAGUUGGCUAUUCAGGUGUCCAACAUCCUGGGCAUGGACUUCUGUGGCAUUGAUCUCCUCAUCAUGGACGAUGGCUCCUUUGUGGUGUGUGAGGCAAACGCCAACGUCGGCUUCUUAGCCUUCGACCAGGCAUGCAAUUUAGAUGUGGGUGGCAUCAUCGCGGACUAUACCAUGUCCUUGCUGCCCAAUAGGCAGACUGGCAAGAUGGCUGUCCUCCCGGGACUGUCCAGUCCCAGGGAGAAGAAAGAGCCAGAUGGCUGCACUUCAGCUCAGGGAGUUGCAGAGAGCGUCUACGCCAUCAACAAUGGGUCUACCUCUAGUGAGAGUGAGCCUGAACUGGGAGAGAUCCGGGAUUCCUCAGUGAGCACAGCGGGGGCCCCGCCCCCCAUGCUGCCUGAACCUGGCUACAACAUUAACAACAGGAUUGCUUCAGAAUUAAAACUUAAGUGAAUUCCUGCUUUUUGGGCAGCAAUUAAACCAAAUCCUACUGCUUCCCUAUAGUUUUGAGUGAAUAAAAUCUGGACUAAUGUGAUUUCAUUUGCACAGAAACUAGAAAUCCCAUCUGGGCACUCAGCAUUCUUUCUAACGAUGAUUUAAGCAAACGGCUUAGCUUUGUGGUUUUUACAAAGACUAACCUAAAGACACUCACCACGAGCAACAUCCCGACUGAUCAACUUGAGACCGACGUCUGCUGCGAGCACUUGGAUAUACGGCUGACUUUUAAGGCGCUGACUCUGUCCUGCUGCUUCUGGCUGUGAUCAGCAGAGCCCAUUAACCCAGAACGGCCCCUGGAAAUACUGUACUCAGAAGCCCCACUGGACGGAGGCGGGUGCAGAAGAGACCGAAUGUGACUGCGGUUAUGUGCUCUUCGUUAAGUGUGUGUGUGAUGUGUGGAGAAUACACAGUCCAAACGCUAUGAGAGGAUCGAUCUCUGCUCCCCGUCAAUCACCAUCUUGGCCAUAUUUCUCUGACACUCAGGAUAUGGUGUUUUAGGGAGCUUCCUCAUUAGCAGUGAAGCACUUUGUAGAAAGUUCGAGAUUGAACGUUCUUUGACUUCACUGGUUGGCAGAUAUCCUGCUGCGUAACUGGGGCUUUCUACAAAUUGCUUUGCCGCUCCGAAUUUAUAGACCCUGCUUCAACUAAUGCCAGCCCCAGCAGCCUCUUGCACCUUUGCUGCCUUUGGCCUCAGCUGGAAAUGCACUUCAACGAGCUAGUGGCCACACACUUUAUUUCUUAUGCGUGCACUAGAAUUGAACACCAUGAACUUUCUUGUCAAUGGACUCUGUUCGUUUGUCAUCCAGAAGCCGGUGGGUUUUUAUCAUAGAAGCUACUGGAAGAUAAUCAUUUUCCCUCUUCUCUCCUAAAACUUUGUGUACUGCUUAGCUGUAGGAGGUUUUCUUGUACGUGUUGGUGUUGUGGGCCUGUUGGGUAGAUUGAGCCAUUGGAAACACACUCUAAUCCCCUUGACCUUCUAGUCCUAUCCAGGUUUCAGAGACCUGUCCUUACCACUUUCCACACUGGGGAGACUCAGGUAUUAGGAAUUGCCCAUUGCACAUUUUGGGGGAGGACGGUGUUGGAUAAUAUAGACGGGACACCAAGUGCUUUUCAUUUUAACUCUUUAAGCAGUAGAUGAUGAUCCUUCCCUUGGGAGAAAUCAUGGAGAUAGAGUUUUCCAUUUCUGCUCAUAUGAAGUAUGAUGAGAAUGAGCAAGGCUCCCUCUUUAACCAAAUACGCUAAAACGUAAGCCCUCAAGAGUUACCAUAACCUAUUAUUUCCUCGAGAGAUCGUACUCUGGAGCUGUGAUGUUACAUAUGCCAAGAACACAUAGACUUCCUCUUUGGAAUGAUUUCUGAAGCCAUGCAAGGUAAGAGGCCUCCCAGCCUUACAGUGAGACCUCGUUUUUCACACCACCCCUACCCGAGAGGUAGUCCCAAGCUCCAUCCACCCGUUUUAUUUAUCAGACUUAUCUUCUAAUGCUCUUUGGCUCUUAAAAAAAAAAAAAAUCAUUCCUCAAAACAUAAAUCUACCCAUAAAGGACAAAGACCUACCAACACUGAGGAAGCUCACAAGUGGACAGUUUCCAAGGAAGGCUCUAGAAAUAGUCUGACUUAAGGUCAGCUUCACUGGACUAAACAUCCAUCUUCCCAAGGUGACUAGUUUGAAGGCAGCAACACCCAUUUGGGUGUAUAAAUUCCUGGACUUAAUUCUGCUGUAAAUGUAAAAAUGUGUAUAAAGCCAACACUGUCACAUUUUUUCACAACACAUCUAAGUAGCAAUUGGCUUUUAAAAUAUUGUGGCUAAAAGCACAUCUCACCAAGUAGUUCUUAGACAACUGAAAAACGUUUGGCUCCAUGAUAUGGAGAUAAUGCACUACACCAUUGUAGUCUAAAUGCAGUCCAACGUAGGGUGCAUGCCACUCAGUUGUAACUCUAGUAAAUUGUACGGUUGACGGAUGAUAACGCUUCACCUUUAUACAGGUUACGACAUUUACCUUAUCUUUACCACUCAGGGUGGGUUUAGGAGGACAGUUCUAGGUCUGUUCUUGUUGAAUUGUCCAAAUGCUUUCUACGUAAACAUCUGAACUGAGUGAUGACCUUCUGGAAGCUGCAUUCACUCAUUCCCACUGUUCAGUGUAAGCCCAAUCUCCCCACUUUAUCUCAAAGGAUAUUAGCGGGCCCUGUGCUAAGCAGAGCAGCUAGAGGGUGCUUCCGGAUUUGUCAAAGGGGGCUCAUCUUCCAGCUGCUAGUGACAUCUAUAGUCAUUGGCACCAUUGCUUUUUGGCCCAGCCUAGAAGCAGAGAAAGCUGGGUCACACCCAACUCAUAGCUCCCCUCCAGGAUUUCCCUACUGGCCGUGGGCCCUGUGAGCUCGUCAUGCGUCUGGGCCACGCUUGUUUACACCUGCCGACCAGACCUGCUGGAAGGAACGUGGGGCUCAGAGCCAGAUCCCGGUUUGGCUCUCCCCUUAAAUAGCUCACCUAACCUUGUGCAGUCAGGUGGAGUCUGGCCCCAUUUUUCCAUUCUGAUAGGGGAGAUGCCUACUCUGUUUACCUCUUGGGGUGCUUUGAGGUUGAACGCGAGUUAAUUAAUGAGACUUGCAUCAUGUGGGAGGUGGUAGAAGAAUACCUCCCACAUCUGGUUUAGUAAGUUUCUCCUCACCCCUCCCCUGAGGGGUUAAGAAAGAAAGAGGCCACGAAUUCUUGGCAUCAGCACAUUAAAGAGUGUCAGGGGAACCUGAAAAGGAUGCAGCUUCUCAGAGGCUUCACCGCCUGAAAGAAGGAAGGCUCUCCGGUACUCAAACAGCCUUCUGGAUGUAUCGUAUAUAACCGGAAACUCCUGACUCUCCGAUAUCACUAACGUCUUCCUUGUGUAACAUAAAUUGCAGUGUCUGUAUACCGGUCUUCCCAUUAUCUUGAAACUGGUCGAAACUUGAAUGCCAAUAGCUCAGUCACUGCAGAAUAUAUAUGAUCCUGCCUUGGGAAAAA